GCGGUCCACUCCAGAUGGCUCUUGGCUUUGCUCUGUGUCAAAAUCGCAGUAAUUGUCUCUUGCGUCGCGCAUGGAAGCUAAAACAGAUUCUUGCUAAAGUAUGGUUGUGAUUUAAAAAAACAAACAAACAAAAAAAAUAACCCAAAUAAUAAUCUGGCCUCAUUUACCGAGUUUGCUACCACACUGCGGUUUGUUUUUUUAGCCUAGCUAGCGUUAGCGAGCUCGGUAACGUCACGUUGCCUUUCCUGGCUAGCCGCUAAUAGCCUGUUAUUCUGUUUUCAGGUAGCCAAAUAAUAAAUAAAGUAAACAAUAAACAAAUCAAAUAACGUAUCAGGUGGGUGGCCAUAUUCGACAGCUCUCGGGCACCAACCUCGGUUCACCCGCUAAACAAUCACGAUGGUUUUGUUAAGAAGCGUGUCCCCUCCUAGCGAGGGAGUUCGGCUGGAGCAAGCCGAGACCACGGCGGUUUUAGACGGGAAAAGGCUGGGAACAGGAACGCUGUAUGUCGCCGAGUCGCACCUGUCUUGGUUUGAUGGGUCGGGGAUGGGUUUUUCGCUCGAGUACCCUUCCAUCAGCCUCCACGCAAUUUCUCGAGACCCGAGCGCCUACCCACAAGAGCAUCUUUACGUGAUGGUCAACAAAAAACUGGAUGAUGAAAAUGAGGCCGAGAUGCAAGAGAGAGCUCCAGAUGAUGAAGGUGAAGAUGAGGGCGACGAUGACAGCGAAGAUGGGGUCAUCACAGAGAUCCGAUUUGUACCCAGUGAUAAGGCAGCUCUGGAGCCCAUGUUUUCUGCCAUGUGCGAGUGCCAGGCGUUGCACCCGGACCCAGAGGACGCAGACUCAGACGACGAGUUUGAAGGGGAGGAGGAUGAAGCCGAGGAGGCUGAGCAAGCCCAGUGUGAUGUGCCCACGUUCUACACCUAUGAGGAGGGACUGUCCCAGCUUACGGCCGAGGGCCAGGCCACCCUGCAGAGGCUGGAGGGCAUGCUCGCCCAGUCUGUAGCCGAGCAGUUCCACAUGGCUGGGGUCAGGACCGACGAGCCCUCAGCCGACUUCGAAGAUGGAAUGGAAGUUGAUCCAAAUUCAGCAGUAGCUGGACAGUUUGACGAUGCUGAUGUUGAUCACUGAUGCAGCGUUACGCCCCACUGCUAACUGAAGCACUUGAGGCCCUCUGAGAGAUACGGACUCGUCAUCCAGGCUCUUUCCCACUGCUCUGAGCAGGGCAGUCUCUGGAUCUCUAUUCCACUGUCUGGACUGCUGUGUGCAAAGGCCCCCUUAGCUUCAACUUCUCAAAGCCCAGCUCUGUUUCUGUGUUUUGUACUUUUCCUUAAGACCAAAUUAUAAGUGUUCUCUGCAAGGUAUUUGUAUAAAAUAACAAGAAAUAAAGUAGUUUUUGUACAAAGCACUUGUUUGAGUCAGGGCUUUUGGCUACCGAACAGUCAUUUGAUUAAUUCAUUCAUCUAUUAAAUUAUUUUUAAAUAAGCUUUUGUUACAGACAAGUUUAAAAAUGUUUUGUUUUUUAAAUAGCACUUACAGGAACUGAGGUAAUGGGAGAUUGUCUAGGAUAUCCACAUUAAGUGGAUCUGUUUUUCUCAGAUCAAAGCCUUCUAUGUUAACCUUGAGUAGUCAUGGCAACCUUUCUCUGCACACUUCUGGUUUAGUUUUCUGAGCUAAUCUUAACUGAAUAAUGUUUGCUAACUCAGCGCAUAUCCACAGUUCACCAGUGAGUAAAUCAUGAGUGCCUUCCAAAGUCCCUCUUGGAUUGGGGAGUGUUUGUGUGCCUGCUGGGAACUCCAUACAUAGGGGCCUGAAGCUGAUAUGAUUGCAUAAAGAAACUAGUUCAUGGAAGUCUACAAAAAAAGUGAAAUGAAUAGGAAAGCACCAUGUGACCCCAGGGAGUCGGCAACAUUUAUUUGGUGGUGUCAGUUGUGGAAUGCUAAAAAACAAUUCAAAGUUUGUAACACUUUUCUGGCAUUAAAAUUGAGCUAAAAUCUGUACAAAAAUAAAAUGAUUUUAAAUAAUGUAUGCAGGAAUAAAAUGACCUACAACGAUA